GAACAAGGACACACGCAUUCCGACUCUAGAACCCACUUCCACACUCUAGAAGACUCAUCUAGAUCCUUCUGCAUGACAGAUACCAAACGAGCUGGAACUUUGGCCUUACACUACAUUUCAUCCAGGAUGGCUGGUCUUCCUUUCCUGAUACUAAGCCUUCUGGGACUGACCCUGGUGACCUCUGGCUUCCCACAACCCCGCCUUCAACAUCUACACCGGGGAGAUUUAAAACCUGAACCAUGGGAGAUCCUUUACCCCUCUAUCUCCCUACGUGAUUGGAGCAUCCAGAUGAUGUCCACGCCAGACUUUGGGGCUGCCAAGAGCAAGGCGGAGCUUCUGGGAGAGACAUGGCUUCCAGAGUCCCAAUCACAACUGGGCGAGGCCUUGGUAGAUGGUUGGCCUGGCGACUGGCCGUCCAAUCAGGGGCCCAGUGAGGAGAAGCGGAAUAUCGUGGUGGCGGACGACGCAGCUUUCAGGGAGAAGAGCAAAAUGCUGACCUCCAUGGAGAGACAGAAGUGGCUGAACUCCUACAUGCAGAAACUGUUGGUAGUGAACCAGUGAAACCAGAACCAGCCCAGACUCAUGCCAGCAGACCAGUAAGCUCGCUCCAUACCAGUGAACAUGUGUUGCGUGUCUUUGUGAUGUUUGUGAUGAAUAAAGUCUGCAUAUCAAAUAGUGUAAAGUUCAAAUAUUUGUUCAAUUUUGUUAAACGUUCCCUUGAAGAUUUAAAUGGGGCUCUAAUAAACAUUCUUUUUUUUUUUUUCAAUCUUUGAACUCAAAUUAAUUUCCUUUUCAUUAUUCAACCUGAUGCCAUUGGAUUAUUCUGUUUCAACCAUGAGACUGUCCAUGCAC